CGUUGCAUAACAUGGUGUUAUGCCAUUUGCACACGACAGCUUGUUUAUUUUCGUUUUUGCAGCAGCAUUGUUUGCACAAUUUGCACAGUUUGUUAGUCAACUGUAUAAUACCCAAAAAACAGGCAUCAGGCAUGUUGUGCAUUUUGGUGUGUUUACUGAGUGCAGACUUCGCACUUGCCGUGUUGACAGCAGAGAGUCUCUCAAUACCAUGCAAGGCACAUUCGGUACAAGGAGUGCAAUAUCGCAAAAUCAGUUGGUACAAGGUGAUUGGACCUGAGUACCGAGGGCUUGUUAUGAAGAACCUACAUGAUAAUCACACAACAGUCUACCGAGGCGCGAACCACUCAUACGAAGUGGGGGCGGAGUUUUCUUUGCUCCUACCUGAGCCAGCGCUGGGGGAUUGCGGCACUUACCAGUGCACCCUCUGGCCACCCCUGGGUCACUACAUCCAGGAAGGACAGUAUGAAUACUACCCCGCAGGUUGUUUGCGACCAACUGAGGCAUUACCCAUGAUGCCCCUCCCUGUCACUCACUUCAGCUGUUUUGACAUCACAAGAAAUCUGGCGUCUUGGGGAAUUCCAGCCGCUCUUAUUCUCAUCAUCAUCAUCGCUGGAAGUGUCUUGUACUUUUACCAAAGACAAAAACAAUAUAAACUGGCAGAGACCAUUUGAAGUUUCACGUGUCACUGUUAACUCUCAACUAGUUGGAUGGAAGUUAUCUGCUUUAUACAAUUCCAGCCUUUCAGAGAUUAGGUCUUAUCUUUAACACAGUAGCAUCAUAUAUCAAUAUCUGAUGUAGUGGUACAGGGUGGACCUCACAAGCGUGUCGCUAUCCUAACAUCUCAAAUUAAUUUCACAAGGUGUCACCCUUCCAUCAAAAAUGGUUCUGGUAUGACUUUGAACAAAAUUUGGAUUCAGUUUUGACCUCCUGUGCAAUUGUCAGCUGACAAUUAUUUUGAUUAAUAUUUGAGACACCACACCCAUAACCUUGAAAGUGAAAUUGUGUGUGUGUGUGUUGGUUGGUGUGUGUCUCUGUGUAUAAUAUCACUGAGUGGGGUUUCUCUGUCCUUACUCUGGCAAAUUAGUUGGUGUUGAUAAUUGUUUACAAUGAGUUAAGCUCGCAGUUAUGAAGGUUGCAAGGCACCUUAAGCCACCUAUUCUAUAUUUUUCUCAUCAAUACAUUAUUUUAUUCUUUUUUAUUUGACAACUAUGAUUUGCUGUAAAUAACAUUAAUUGUAUUGUACUUAUGCUGUCUAAAUCUGCUGCAAGACGCUGUGUAAAAUGUGCAAUAUAAAUAAAUUACUUUGACAUUGAAA